CACACAAACACACACACACACACACACGUCUAUGACAGGGAACAGACCGGAAGUAGAAGGAAGGCGUAAAAACUCAUGUUUUACCUCUGACCCCUGAGAGCAAAGCCUCUGUCCUCAGGUUCUACAGGUGAGAUCCACAGUGAAAAAACGUAGAAAACUGUCAGAUUCAUACAAACAUGAAAAAUAAAACCACAGGUUUCAGGACAUCCCAGAGUCUCAAACCUGCCGUCCAUCAGCUGUCUCCCACCUGAUUGGCUGCUGUAGAGCCAGAUCUGUGACAGUGCAGAAGAGAGACUCCAGGAACCUCAGUAGACCUGCAUGUGGAGGGUGUUCUGUUCUGAUAACAGGAACUGUGAGCUCUUUAAGAUACGAAGUAAAAGAAAAAUGUCUUUGAAGUCUCUUUUCAAAAAGUUUCUCUAGUUUGAAACUGAAUCUUAUCGACCUUCAUGUCUCAACAAGCUCGUCAUAGCUUUGUUCUUUAAUAGUCUCUGGUGUAAUAAUGUUGUCGUAAAAGGUUUUUACAGGAGGUCAUUAAAGGUACCACUGCCAGUCUGAAUUAGCCACCUGAAGGCUGUGGGCCCUCUGCAGCGCCACAGCUGGUCAGGUUCAUCACGUCACAAACUGUCUGAGCUGUGGUGGUCCUGGUGGUCCUGGUGGUCCUGGUGGUCCUGGUGGUCCUGGUGGUCCUGGUGCUCCUGGUGGUCCUGGUGCUCCUGGUGGUCCUGGUGCUCCUGGUGCUCCUGGUGGUCCUGGUGCUCCUGGUGUAUGGAUCAGAGUCUGGACUUCAGGUCUCCUGUUGUCAGGCAGCAGACUGUGAGCUCAGAUUCAGGUGUGUUUAAGGUGUCAGUGCUGUGUGUAAACACCUCAGUGUUUAUCAGAUGUUUGCUCUGAAUAAUUCACACUGCUCCUUCACCUGGACCAAAGCCCCGCCCCUUGACACCUGACCACCUUCACACACACACACACACACACACACCUCAGCUCGACUCAGACAGACUCUUACCAACAUUUCGGUCACCACAGCAGAGACGUUCACGGACUUUCAGCUGAUUCGUGGCUGAAUCUUGAACGACACUCUGUAAAUUCUUUUCAGCAGACUUUUGUCAGAUUCCUGACAGAUACUUGAAGAUUCUCAGGUGAAUCUUACCAGACUUUCGGUAGACUCUGAAGACUUUCGGUAGACUCUGAAGACUUUCGGUAGACUCUGAAGACUUUCGGUAGACUCUCAAGACUUUCGGUAGACUCUCAGGAUGGCGAGUACAGCAGCUGAUCUGGCCCGGAGGAAGGCCCGGGAAGAAGAUGGUACCGGCAGCCAGGCCAACGCCAUACCCUUCAACCAGCAGGACUUUGAACAGCUGCGGAGUGAGUGUCUGCAGAGCGGCUCGCUGUUCUGUGACCCGACCUUCCCCGCGACCUGGGACUCUCUGGGAUACAACCAGCUGGGACGCUACUCGUCCAAAACCAUCGGAGUGGAGUGGAAACGACCCACGGAACUGUGUCCUGCUCCUCAGUUCAUUGUGGAUGGAGCAAAAAGAACCGACAUCUGUCAGGGAGCCCUGGGUGACUGCUGGCUGCUGGCGGCUGUGGCCUCUCUGACUCUGGACCCUCAGAUUCUGAGCAGAGUGGUUCCUCCUGGUCAGAGCUUCACGUCUCAGUACACCGGAAUCUUCCACUUCCAGCUGUGGCAGUACGGAGAGUGGGUGGACGUGGUUGUGGAUGACCGGCUGCCAACCAGAGACGGGAAGCUGCUGUUUGUUCACUCGGCCGAGGGAAAAGAGUUCUGGAGCGCUCUGCUGGAGAAGGCCUACGCCAAGGUGAACAGUUCGUAUGAGGCUCUGACUGGAGGCUCCAGCAUCGAGGGUUUCGAGGAUUUCACUGGAGGAAUCGCAGAGAGCUACGACCUGAAGGAGGCUCCGCCCUCCCUGUUCAACAUCAUAAGGAAGGCUCUGAAGCUUGGCUCGCUGCUCGGCUGCUCCAUCGACAUUUCCAGCUCCUAUGAGACGGAGGCGAUCACUAGUCAGAAGCUGGUUAAAGGCCACGCCUACUCUAUCACUGCAGCUGAGCAGGUUCAUUCCUCCGGUUCUCUUGUGGACCUGCUGAGGAUCAGGAACCCCUGGGGUCAGGUGGAGUGGACUGGCGCCUGGAGUGACGAUUCCAGGGAGUGGGCCGGAGUCGGGCCGGAGGAGAGGAGGAAGCUGGAUCACCGUGCUGACGAUGGAGAGUUCUGGAUGUCCUACUCCGACUUCCUGCGUCAGUUUUCCCGCCUCGACAUCUGUAACCUGACGCCCGACACGCUCACCAGCAACCAGGUCGCUCGCUGGAACUACGCCGAGUUCAAGGGCGUAUGGAGGGUUGGCUCCACCGCUGGUGGCUGCAGGAACUACCCUGCCACGUUCUGCUCCAACCCUCAGUUCUUCGUCCGACUCCUCGCCGUCGACGAUGACCCUGACGACGGCGAGGAUGGCUGCACCGCCCUCAUCGGUCUGAUGCAGAAAAACGCUCGCAGGGAGAGACGCUUCGGACGAGACCUCAACACCAUCGGAUUCGCCAUCUAUCAGGUUCCUGAUGAGUUCAAAGGUCGCAGUAACGUCCACCUGGGGCCGGACGUCCUGCUGAGGUCGGCAGCGGUGGCUCGCAGCCCGACCUUCAUCAACCUGAGGGAGGUGUGCGGCCGCUUCAAACUCCCCCCCGGAGAGUACGUCAUCGUCCCCUCCACCUUCGAACCACACCGCAAAGGAAGCUUCGCCCUGAGGGUGUUCACGGAGAAGGAGGCGCACAGCAGGCCGAUGGAGGAGGACGUGAGCGCCAACAUCCAGGAGCCUGACGUGGGGCAGGACGACGUGGAUCCUCACUUCAGACGUCUGUUCCUCCAGAUCUCUGGAAACGACUCUGAGAUCUCAGGCUUCGAGCUCCAGCAGAUUCUGGACAGAGUUGUCGCUCAGAGAUCUGAGGUGAAGACCGACGGCUUCAGUCUUCAGACCUGCCGCAGCAUCAUCAGUCUGCUGGACAUGGACGGCAGUGGUAAACUGGGUCUGGUGGAGUUUCACCGCCUGUGGACAAAGAUCCAGAGAUACCUGGAGAUCUUUCAGAGUCGUGACUCAGAUGGUUCUGGUACCAUGAGCAGUCAUGAGCUGAGAGCAGCUCUAUCUGAAGCCGGUUUCCAGGUGAACAGCUCUGUGAUCCAGGAGAUUGUCAGUCGAUUCUCUGACGCGAGUUUCGCAAUCGACUUCGACUGUUUCAUUGGCGCUUUGAUCCGAUUGGAGCUUCUCUUCAAAAUGUUCAGAACUUUGGACAAGAAGAACUGGGGGAAGAUUGAACUGGACCUGCAGCAGUGGCUCUGCCUCGCCAUCAACUGACCACCACCUGCUCCAGGAGCAACACCUGCAGAGAUCUGAUCUGAUCUAAUCUGAUUUUAAUUCUUGCUUUUCUAAAUUGAAUUCAACUCUGAAAUAAAGUUGUUUGUUCUCUUCA